ACCCGCAAUGUUGCUGCUUAUGCUGCUACUGGAGCUGGUCCUGAACAUGCAGUGGAUGCAGACGGAGGAACCCGUGUGCAAACUGCUAGGCAGAGCACAGCAGCCAGAGUUAGCCAAGGAUGGGGACCUCAUCAUCGGGGGAAUCUUUUCCUUUCGAACUGGGCAGGAUGGUGCUAUAGAAACCUUUCAAACAGCACCAACACCCCGGCCAUGCAAAGAUUUGAAUUCCAGAGAAUUACAAUUUGCUCAUACAAUGAUGUUUGCAAUAGAGGAAAUAAACCAAAACAGGGAAAUCCUCCAUAAUAUUUCCCUGGGAUACAAGAUCUACAAUGAUUGUGGAAGCAUGGACAUCCUGAGAGCUGCAAUGGCUCUGGCUAAUGGGCAAGAGAAUGUGACCACAAACAGCUGCUCUAAGCCAAACACGGUCCAUGCUAUCCUAGGACACUCUGGAUCAACACCAACUAUGGGAUUUGCACGAAUUAUUGGAAGAUUUAAAAUACCGGUGAUCAGCCACUUUGCAACAUGUGCAUGUUUGAGCAACAGAAAAGAGUUCCCUUCAUUCUUCAGAACAAUUCCCAGUGACUAUCACCAGAGCAGAGCACUGGCGCAGCUGGUGAAGCACUUUGGCUGGACCUGGGUUGGGGCCAUAAGCAGUGACAAUGACUAUGGAAACGAUGGGAUGGCAACCUUUGUGCAGGCAGCCCAGGAGGUGGGAGUAUGUGUUGAGUACUCGGUGGCCUUUCUGAUAUCAGGGCCUCGCCAUGCACUGCUCAGAGUCGUCGAGGUUAUAAAACAUUCCACCUCAAAGGUGAUCAUGGCCUUUAUGACACACAGGGAGGUCAAGGUGCUGGUGGAAGAGCUGCAGAAACAGAACAUCACAGGCCUGCAGUGGAUCGGCAGUGAUGCCUGGAUCACUGACAAUUCUCUCACUGACAGCGAGGGCUACACGGCUCUAAUUGGAGCCUUGGGCUUUGUGGUCAGCAGGGCACAGAUCCCUGGGCUGGGGCAGUUUCUACAGGAGGUUAAUCCUUCUCAAUUUCCUCACAGCACAUUCCUCAGGGAAUUCUGGGAAAAUGUGUUCAACUGCACUUUGACUCCACAUAGCUUGACUGACAGAAGGAGACUCUGCAGUGGCUCUGAGAAUUUGAGAGAGGUGGAGACCCAGUUCACAGAUGUUUCAGAACUGAGGUUUGCUAACAAUGUGUACAAGGCUGUGUAUGCAGUGGCCCACGCGCUGCACAACCUGCUCACAUGUGAGCAUAGCCAAGGCCCCUUCACUAAUAACAGCUGCGCAAACGGCAACAGCAUAAAGCCGUGGCAGGUUUUACAUUAUCUGCAAACAGUGAAUUUCACAACUAAUUCAGGGGAGACAGUGUAUUUUGACAGCAAUGGAGAUUCACCAGCCAGAUAUGAGCUCAUAAAUUUACAAAAUGCAAAAGACAGUAUCAUGGAGAUUGCCACAAUAGGUUACUACGAUGCAUCACUGCCUGAAGGGCAACAAUUCAAAAUGAACAAUGUGGCUGUGUCAGUGUGCAGUGAGAGUUGUCCCCCAGGCACUCGGAAGGCUGUGCAGAGAGGAAAGCCUGUCUGCUGCUACGACUGUGUGCACUGUUCUGAGGGAGAAAUCAGCAAUACUACAGAUUCUAUUGAUUGUGUGAAGUGCCCAUUUGAAUACUGGUCAAACAAAAGAGGAGAUGCCUGUGUUUUGAAAGAAAUUGAAUUUUUAUCUUUUGGAGAAGUCAUGGGAAUACUCUUAGUUUUCUUUUCUUUGACUGGAGUCCUUUUCACUGCAAUGACAGCACUGAUUUUCUACUCGAACAGGAAAACUCCCAUUGUUAGGGCCAACAACUCAGAGCUGAGCUUCCUGCUGCUCUUUUCAUUGAAACUGUGUUUCCUUUGCUCUCUUACCUUCAUCGGCCGGCCCUCUGAGUGGUCCUGUAUGCUGCGCCACACUGCGUUUGGGAUCACCUUUGUCCUCUGCAUCUCAUGUGUUCUGGGGAAAACAAUAGUGGUGUUAAUGGCCUUCAGGGCUACACUUCCAGGCAGUAAUGUGAUGAAGUGGUUUGGGCCUCUACAGCAGAGACUGAGUGUUCUUGCUUUCACUCUCAUACAGGUCCUUAUUUGUGUGCUUUGGUUAACAAUAUCCCCUCCAUUCCCCAACAAGAAUACAAAACACUACAAAGAAAAGAUCAUUCUAGAAUGUGAUGUAGGAUCAGCAGUGGGGUUCUGGGCUGUGCUGGGUUAUAUUGGACUCCUCUCUCUACUGUGCUUUGUUUUAGCUUUUCUGGCUCGUAAGCUGCCUGAUAACUUCAAUGAAGCCAAAUUCAUUACAUUCAGCAUGCUCAUAUUCUGUGCAGUCUGGAUCACCUUUAUACCAGCUUAUGUCAGCUCACCUGGAAAGUUCACUGUAGCUGUGGAGAUAUUUGCUAUUUUAGCUUCAAGUUUUGGACUGCUCUUCUGUAUCUUUAUACCAAAAUGUUAUAUUAUCUUAUUAAAACCAGAAAAGAACACCAAAAAACAUGUAAUGGGAAAAACAUCUAAUUAAAUCUGUCAAGUUGGGGGUAUUUAAAGAGAUAGGGUACAAUAUGAAAAUUGCAUUAUGUGAUUUGGUACGAUAAGAAAAAAUAAAAAGGUUAACUUUAAUUUAAUCGACUUAAAUAAAGGAGAUGUUUCACUGGUACACUGGAUUAUGCAUGUGCGUACGUAUGUCACGACCACCCUAUCUGAUAAGCACUGUAAAUCCACUGUAGGCUACUGCUCCACUUUUUUCUAAUAGUUAGAUGCCAAGACUAAAUGAGCUGAACAACCUGUUUUUUCAUUAUGUUCUGUGAUGUAUGUGACCAUUUUCUUCUUUCUGAAAAUAUAUAUAUUUUUGCCUAAGUUGAGUUAAAUAAAUGUACAAAGAUUCAGAGUUGAACAAAUCCAACCAGCUGGUUAAUUAAUAGUCUACUGACAACAGGCUAACAACCCUGUUCAGUUUAACCCCACAGGAGGGCUAGCAAUAACAGCAAGCUAGCAUGCCAUAUCAAAACUAUGUGACCUGUCAGUUUGACUGUUUAUGAUUAUAUACAUUAAAAUUUCUUGACAUACACACACAAUACAGUAGCCAAAAAAACACUUCUGGUAUAAAUAUUCACUUACAUAUAGCCAAAACAAACAUUUGGCAAUAUCUCCCCAGAUAUUUAUUGAACUCUCCCGCCAUUCGCUGGAGACAAAGAGAUGGUAAUUCUGCAUGUUGAACCUGACAUUGGUCAUUCAAGCUUGAUGCAUGUUCCUAAAAGUCAGUGUUACAUUUGGCCCCACUCUCCCCUACAUGCACAUUCACUUGUAUUGUUAGGCUAUGGGAUGCGACAUUUCAUGUAAUAUGUACUCUCAAAAUACUGUAAGCGCCUAAAUGUCGUAGUUUUAAACCUAGUGGCCUCAAGGCUUCAAAAUUCUAUUGCAGUUGGGGACUCCAAUCAACCAGACUCACGUCUCCCUUUUCACCAUAAUUAAGCAAACAUCCAUUUAUAAAACUAAAUUGCUUUAGGCCAAUGCCAGUUGGUAGACCUUGGUAGGCGAAGAUAUGCAUGGAAAAAUCUUGUUCAAGAUUGUUCUUUGCGGCAUAACUUUGAUUGAUCGGAAUUGAACAACCAGGAUGAUGACAAGAGUGGCUGGCUGCAAUUUGAAUUUAAAUGACUUUCACCAAUGUAUUUCUUUUCACCUGUACACUGCAGUGAGGUGAAUAAAGGAUACUGGCUUCCACUCCCAGGUGGUACUCCAUGAAGGAUCAAAACUUGAAUAAAAGUGUACAUUUGAGUUUCAGUGUGAGGGAUUUACUGAAUUGUUCAUGUUGCUUGCCCAGUUUAGCACCUGGUUUGAUGUGCGUAUGUUUGCCAUCUUUACCCAAAUGUAGCCAUAUCCACAAAUAUUUGAAAAUAAAAUGUUACAA